ACAAAACACUUUCAUAAUAUUUUACGUAGCCUUUAUUUACGAGGAUGCGUACUGACGUCAGCGUCAGUUCCACAAGCAUGAGGCGCAAACUCAGUGUGGAUUUAUUGAGGUGUAUUGGUGUAUUUAGUGGAAUUCCUCCGUCACAUGCCUCUUUGACAGCGGGUAAUAAAAACGUGUUUUUGCAGAGUUUCAGUCGGAAAUCAACGAGCGACGGUUCAACCAUGGACCUGAGCGACAUGAGGAAGAAAUAUAAAGGAGAUGAAGAGUGCUUUGAGGAGAGUCAGCUGGUUUCUCUGGACCCAGUCAAACAGUUUGGAGACUGGUUCGAUCAAGCCACAAAGUGUCCUGAAAUCGGAGAGGCAAACGCCAUGUGCAUCGCCACAGCCUCCAAAGAUGGACGUCCGUCUGCUCGUAUGGUCCUGCUGAAAGGUUACAGCGACGAAGGUUUCCGCUUCUUUAGCAACUAUGAGAGCAGAAAGGGAUCUGAGCUGGAGAGCAAUCCACAUGCAUGUCUGGUCUUCUACUGGGAGCCUCUCAACCGACAGAUUCGCAUUGAGGGCAACGUGGAGCGGAUUCCCUUCCAGAGCUCGUGUGACUACUUCCACUCCCGACCGAAGAGCAGCCAGAUCGGAGCCGUCGUGAGCCGACAAAGCACUCCAGUGCCCGACCGAGACUAUCUGAGGCAGAAGAACGCAGAGCUGUUGGAGAAGUACAAGGACACAGAGGUGCCGAUGCCCGACUACUGGGGGGGCUACAUCGUGAAGCCGUACCUCAUCGAGUUCUGGCAGGGUCAGACCAACAGACUUCACGACCGAAUCGUCUUCACAAAGCCGAAGGACGGCGAGUCGGAGUCGAGGGAGUUUGAGCACGCCGCAGAGGGAGGCUGGGUUUACCAGAGACUGUCUCCAUGAGAGGAAACCCCCCCCCCCCCGACAGACUCACACACAGACUAAUCAUCGUUGAUAAAAAAAAC